AUGUCAAUGACCGGUCAGAGCUCGGGCAGCGAUGAUCAACCGUACGCGACACAUCCAGCUAUCCCGGAACAGGAAUCUGAGAACCCACGACUUCAAGACACUGGUCAAGGCGCAGAGGGAUUUGAGCCUAUUUCUUUCAAGCGAAAACAAAAACGCCAAUCCCGUUUCAGCCUAUCUAGCCUUUUCUCGAAUACCGCCGGCGGUUCGAACACUCGGCUUGGCUUCUCGAGACCUCACGGCGGACUAAAUGGUGAUGCAUCGCCAAUAGAGCCCUAUGGGGCAGCUGGACUGAACGGCGAUCCGAACUCUAAAGAUGGUGGUCCCCUGGACUGGUAUGUGGAAGGGCCCGGGCGCCGCGUUGGCUACGACGAUUUUACUGCAAUCGAUUGGAUUUACGAAUACACGAAGGAACGUCAACGGAAAAGGCUACUAUACUCCAGUGGUCAGGGUGUUCUGGGCUAUGUGCGCAGAGUUGUAGAAGCCAGCAAUGUCUGGUUUGUCCUUAUUGCAACCGGUAUCGCAGUGGGAAUCCUUGCUGCGGCUAUCGACAUCGCGACGGAUUGGUUGGGAGAUUUGAAAACUGGAUACUGCAAAAGCGGCAGUGGAGGUGGAAAGUUCUAUCUCAAUCGAAGCUUCUGCUGCUGGGGUUUAGAUGAUUAUACCAAAUGCAUGGACUGGACACCAUGGGGGAAUGCACUAGGGGCAUCGUCAACCGGAGGCCGGUACGCCAUCGAGUACAUAUUUUACAUCGUAUUUUCGGUUGUGUUUGCUCUAUGCGCCUGCCUCUUGGUACGAAGAUUUGCAAUUUAUGCCAGGCACAGUGGAAUUCCUGAGAUCAAAACAAUACUUGGAGGAACUGUUAUUCGUCACUUCAUGGGGCCGUGGACGCUGACUAUCAAGUCGCUUGGGCUGUGCCUUGCAGUUUCAUCCGGUCUUUGGCUCGGCAAGGAGGGUCCGCUAGUGCAUGUUGCAUGCUGUUGCGCCAACAUCAUGAUGAAACCCUUCGACAGCCUCAAUGGCAAUGAGGCGAGGAAACGUGAGGUCCUUUCUGCCGCUGCUGCGGCAGGUAUCUCUGUUGCCUUCGGUGCCCCCAUUGGAGGCGUUCUAUUUAGCUUGGAGCAACUGUCCUAUUAUUUUCCAGAUAAGACAAUGUGGCAGAGCUUUGUCUGCGCCAUGGUUGCUGCCGUAACUUUGCAAGCAUUGAAUCCGUUCCGUACAGGGAAUAUUGUGCUCUAUCAGGUCACCUAUACUCGAGGGUGGCACCGCUUUGAGGUCAUUCCCUUCAUCAUCCUUGGCAUUGUCGGCGGCCUCUUUGGAGCAUUCCUCAUUCGUCUAAACAUUAAGAUUACCCGGUGGCGACGAUCUCGGUCAUCUUCUCGGCCCAUUAUUGAGGUCGCCAUUAUUGCGCUCUUGACGGCGCUGAUCAACUUUCCAAAUCAUUUCAUGAGAGCUCAAAACUCAGAGCUCGUUCAGGCACUUUUUGCUGAGUGCAGCAGUGAAACAUAUGAUCGAUUCAGCCUUUGCGUAACCGGGUCUAAAGCUUUCGGUGUAGUUGCAAUUCUUUUGCUCGCCGCCACCCUCGCCUUCUUCCUCGCUUCAGUGACCUUUGGUCUCGAUAUCCCAGCCGGUAUUAUCCUGCCUUCAGUUGCCAUUGGCGCUCUAUAUGGUCGUGCUCUAGGAAUACUGGUGCGAAUGUGGCAAGAAGCCUACCCAAAAGCAUUCCUUUUCGCAAAAUGUGAACCCGACAUUCCGUGUGUCACGCCUGGCUUAUACGCGAUCAUUGGCGCCGCCUCCGCCCUAGGUGGUGCGACGCGGAUGACCCUUUCCAUUGUCGUCAUUAUGUUCGAAUUGACGGGCGCGUUAACCUAUGUCAUCCCGAUCAUGAUCGCCGUAAUGUUGUCCAAAUGGUGUGGUGAUAUCUUCGGAAAGCGAGGCAUCUACGAAUCAUGGAUUCAGCUCAAUGAAUACCCAUUCCUCGACCACCGCGACGAUACUACCCCUCCAGACGUCUAUGCUCGACGAGUCAUGACAGUUGUCGACGAUCUCUCUGUCAUCACCGCAACCGGCCACACCAUUGGCUCACUUCGAAGCCUCGUUGCUAAUACCACCUAUCGUGGGUUUCCCGUCAUCUCCGAAACCUCCACCCCCAUCCUCCUUGGAUACAUCACACGCAACGAGCUCUCCUUUGCUUUGAAACAUUCCACUUCUCCGGCCAACCGUAACCUCUCGGAAGAGACCCAAGUCUUCUUUAUCCACCAGCCAUUUGCAGACCCCGUGGAGACGUUGGAUCUUCGACCUUGGAUGGACCAAACACCCAUCACCCUCAACAGCAAUAUCAGUUUCUUGAUCGUGCUACGAAUGUUCCAGCGACUUGGUCUACGUUAUGUCCUGUUCGCUAACAAAGGAAUAUUACAAGGCCUGCUAACCAAAAAAGAUGUUUGGUCAGUGCUCAACGGUGUUGAGUUCCGUCGACAGGAAGCACUACGAGGCGACGAGUUUCAGGACACUCACGGGGCUGAAGAAGUCGGUCUACUCCAGGGUGAUGAGCGAAGUAGUCUCGGCGAUUCACUCAGACGAGACUCACUAUGA